CGGCCGCGGGAGGAGGGCUGCGGACGGGGAGGAAGAGGAGGAGCCCCGCCGCCCCCCGCGCGGCCCGUUGCCCGCCAGCGGGAGCGCCGCGGCCCGCCCGCCCGCCGCAGGAAGCAGCCGGAGGAUGUGCGGUAGCGCCGGGGGCCCGGCCGGCACGCCGUGACAGCCCUCCCCGGCACCGCACUCGCCUCGCCCCGGCUGGCGGAGCCGCUCCCCGCGGAGGCAACAUGUCCAAGAUGCCGGCCAAGAAGAAGAGCUGCUUCCAGAUCACCAGCGUGACCACGGCUCAGGUGGCCAGCAGCAUCACCGAGGACACCGAGAGCCUGGACGACCCGGAUGAGUCCCGCACCGAGGACGUGUCUUCUGAAAUCUUUGAUGUUUCCCGAGCCACCGACUACGGCCCCGAGGACGUCUGCGAGCGGAGCUCCUCCGAGGAGACUCUCAACAACGUGGGCGAGGCCGAAACUCCUGGCAGCGUCUCUCCCAACCUCCUUUUGGACGGGCAGCUGGCUGUGGCUGCUGGUGGGGUAGCUGCGGCUCUGCCAGCCGUGGCCCCUAAUGGGGGGGCCGUGCCCAAGAGCUCCGCUGUGCCCCUGCCGGCUGCUGCCCCUGGCACUGCCGUGGCAGGAGGCAGCAGUGCUCAGACCCCCUUGCCCUCCACAGGGCCUGCUGCAUCUGCCGCUCCUGGGACGAUGUCUCAGACAGUGGCUGCUGCCUGCAGCUCACGCUUCAGGGUGAUCAAGCUGGACCAUGGUACAGGGGAGCCCUACAGGCGAGGACGAUGGACGUGUAUGGAGUAUUAUGACCGGGACUCGGAUGGUGGUGGUGUCCUGGGCAGGACUGGAGAUUGCAUUAGGCACAGCAGCACCUUCGAGCAGGCUGCUCAAGAGAGGGACAGCGGCCUCGGUGCCACAGGAGGUUCCGUCGUGGUCUCGGCUGUGCCAGCAUCGGCCCAUGGCCCCGAUUCUAUAGCUGACAGUUCCCUGACUGCUGUGUCACAGCUGUUCCAGACAGAGAAAAUGAACCAGUCCUCUCUACAGCAACCUAAUUUUGUCAUUGGGCAACAACAGCAGCCGCAGCAACCCGUAGGUGGGGCCAUGCCUCAAAGUACUGCUCAGCCUAUGUUUUCUGGGGCUUCGGUAGCAAAUCAGCAAAUGAUGGUGCCACAGCAAUCGCAGCCACAGGUAAAUACGCAGGGUGUUGCACAGGCUGGACCGAACGGGAAAGGCAUGGCACCUCCAAAUGUGACAAUAGGGCAGCCAAGCAUUCCUGUGGCACAGCAGCAGGUGCAGCAGGCAAACAUACCAGUGACUCAGCCUCAACAAUUUGCUUAUUCUCAGUCCCAGAUUCCACCAGUGCAUCUACUGCCGACGCAACCUUCUGGUCAGACCGAAUACAUGCAGCACAUGACAAUUAUGCAGUCUCAAGGAGCUAUUCAACAGGCUACUACGGGCUCUGUUCCAAGUACUGUGGCUUCCAGCCUUCCUGUGGGCCAGGUGACUGGCCAAAAUCCCUCACCUGUGGGAGCGCCAGUGAUGGGGGUGUCAGCGCAGCCUGGCGAAGCAGUCGGACAGGGAUCAGGAUUAAUGCAGAGUGGCCAGACACAAGCUAGUCAGACUGCCAUUCCGCAACCAGGAGGUGUGGUGCAGCAAGGCAUUGGACAUACAGGGGUUGUGCAACAGAAAUCUGUGACUCAGCAUCAAAUGGGUGGAAGCAGUCAAGUGUCCGGAAUGCCUGGUGCUCCCCAUGCUGUGGUCUCUGGAGUUCAGAACGUGCCUGCGGUUGUGCCCGGUACAAGUGUGCCUAGUGUGUCUACCACCACUUCUGUUACUAUGCCAAAUGUCCCUGUUACGCUAGUCCAGUCCCAGCUGACUAGCCACACUUCUGUCAGCAGAAGUACCGGUGUCGUCCAACCACAGCAUGUCGGACACUCGUUAAUGCAAGGCUCGCCUAAUGUACCUGCGAAUCUGCCACAGUCAAACCUCGGACAGUUUCAGACUCAAGCUCAAUCCUUAGCAGGCCAGAUUGAUGAUACGAGAAGAAAAUCGGAACCCCUACCUCAGCCACCACUUUCUCUUAUAGCUGAAAAUAAACCUCUUGUGAAGCCUCCCAUUCCAGACACUCUAGCAAAUCCUCUUCAGUUACCUGCGAGUACUCCUAUGAACAGUCUUGCCAGCUCUGUGUUUGGCAUAUCUAUUCCUGUUGAUGGUGAUGAAGACAGUGAAAGCUCUACAGGUAAUGGUCCUUUGCAUUGGAAAAAAAUGGACACCACUUACGUGGGCAAAGAUGUAGACACAGUGGAAAGUACAACCUUACAUGCAUCUGGUGCAAGCGUUGUUGCCAUUGACAACAAAAUAGAACAGGCAAUGGAUCUAGUGAAAAGCCAUUUGAUGUAUGCAGUAAGAGAAGAAGUGGAAGUCCUGAAGGAACAAAUAAAAGAAUUAGUUGAAAGAAACUCUUUACUUGAACGAGAAAACGCACUGUUAAAAUCUCUUUCAAA